AUGGAAGCCGUGGGCCAGAAGCUGCUGGAUUUCUCGCAACCUUUCGACGUGGCGGCGUUGGACCAGGUGGUGCAGUGCAUGAACGACCCCAAGAGCCCUCACCAGCGCGUGGCCAACCAGAUCAUGGUGGCGCUGCAAGAGCACCAGGACUCGUGGACGCGUGCCUCGGACAUUUUGGAGCAGUCCAGUAGCAUCCAGACCAAGUUUUUCGGACUGCAGAUCUUGGAGGACGCAAUCCGUUACCGCUGGAAGAUCCUGCCUAAAGAUCAACGUGAAGGCAUCAAGAGUUAUAUUGUGGGCAAGCUGCUAUCGAUGUCGUCGGAUGAGUCGACCCUGCACAGUCAGCGGGUGUUUGUGAACAAGAUGGACCUGGUACUAGUGCAAGUACUGAAGCACGAGUGGCCCCAGAACUGGCCGUCGUUCAUCACGGACAUCGUGAACGCGAGCAAGACGUCGGAGAUUUUGUGCGAGAACAACAUGACGAUCCUCAAGCUGCUGAGUGAAGAAGUGUUUGAUUUCUCCAAGGACCAACUGACGGAGCAGAAGACCAAAACGCUCAAGGAGAGUCUCAACCACGAGUUCACGCAGAUCUUCCAGCUGUGCGAGUUCGUGCUCAACAAGUCGACCCACGUGCCGCUUCUCCAGAUCACGCUGCAGACGCUGCUGCGCUUCCUGAGCUGGAUCCCGUUCGGGUUCAUCUUUGAGACGGACCUCAUCAAAAUUCUCGUCACAAAAUUUCUGGCAACGAACGUGUUCCGUAACGACACGAUCAGCUGCUUGAGCGAGAUCGCGCAGCUGCGAGAUGUGCCGGAGCAGUACAGCAAUGUCUACGUGCAGCUGUACAUGGGCGUUCUGAACGAGGUGGGCAAGAUUUUGCCUCCUGGCAGCUCCUUCACGCCCUUCUGGGAGCAGGACGAGGUGUUUGUGCAGCGCCUAAGUAUCUUCUUCACCAGCUUCUUCCGCUUCCACAUCCAGGUGAUUGAACGCCCUAUUGCUACACCCGGGGACGACGCUCAUCAGGCUCUACUGGCUGGGUUCACGUACCUCGUGUGCAUCGCAGAGGUGGAUGACGACAGCAUUUUCAAGAUCUGCUUGGACUACUGGCAUUUCUUCACGCGCGACCUGUACACUGUUGACCAGAACCAGAUGAACCCACUUGCAGGCUUCCAGAACCAGUCGCGUAGUCGUCGCCAGUUGGUGUCGCCUGUUAUGAACCGUGUGCGUCACGUGAUGAUCUCGAAGAUGGUCAAGCCGUCGGAAGUGCUGAUUGUGGAGGACGAGAACGGAGAGAUUGUGCGCGAGACGACAAAAGACACGGAGGCGCUGUCGCAGUACAAGACGAUGCACGAGACGCUGGUGUAUUUGACGCACUUGAACUAUGACGACACGGAGACGAUCAUGCUGGAGAAGCUGACAGCGCAAGUCGAAGGCACCGAGUGGUCGUGGAACAACCUCAACACUCUGUGCUGGGCUAUCGGAUCCAUCUCGGGCGCCAUGAGCGAAGAGAACGAGAAGCGCUUCCUGGUGACCGUGAUCAAGGAUCUGCUGGGUCUGUGUGAGAUGAAGCGCGGCAAGGACAACAAGGCUGUGGUCGCCUCCAACAUCAUGUACGUCGUGGGCCAGUACCCGCGCUUCCUGCGUGCGCACUGGAAGUUCCUGCGCACGGUCGUCAACAAGCUCUUCGAGUUCAUGCACGAGCUGCACCCUGGCGUCCAGGAUAUGGCGUGCGACACGUUUCUCAAGAUCUCCCAGAAGUGCCGACGUAAGUUUGUGGUGCUGCAGAGUGGAGAGACGCGUCCGUUUGUCGAGGAAUUGCUGGAAGAACUGCCGCGUAUUGUGUCGGAUCUGGAGACCCACCAAGUGCACACGUUCUACGAGGCGGUGGCGUCCAUGCUCGCGGCUGAGAACGAUGCUGGCCGGAAGGAAGUGCUCCUGGGUCGUCUGAUGAACCUCCCAAACGAGGCCUGGAAGUCCAUUAUGUCGCAGGCGUCCCAGGCCGUCGACAUCCUCUACGACAGUCGGGGAAUCAAGGAGAUUGUCAAGAUUAUCCGGACCAAUGUCAAGGUGUGCAAGGCCAUUGGACCCAACGGCUUUAACUCGCAGAUGGGCUACAUCUUCCAGGACAUGCUCAACGUGUACGUGGCCUACACGCAGCGCAUUGCGGCGAUGGUGGAGCAGCGUGGAGAAAUCGCAGUCAAGACGUCGGAGGUGCGGUCACUGCGUAGCGCCAAGAAGGAGAGCUUGCGUCUCAUGGACGCGUUCGUGGAGCACACGGCAGGCGACGAUUCUUCGCGGCAAUUUGUGGCUACGCACUUCCUGCCGAAGCUGCUGGAGACGAUCCUCUCGGACUAUCAGAACACCACGCCCAGUGCCAAGGAGUCCGAGGUGUUGAGUCUGCUGGCGACGAGUAUCAACAAGCUGAAAAACAUUAUCGCGCCCACAGUGCCCAUGAUCCUCGAGGCGGUGUUCGAGUGCACGCUGCAGAUGAUUACCAAGAACUUUGAGGACUUCCCGGAGCACCGAGUGAACUUUUUCAAGCUGCUACAGGCGGUGAAUGACUUUUGCUUCGAGGCGCUGUUUAGUAUUCCUCAGGAACACCAGAAGCUCGUGGUGGACUCGAUCAUUUGGGCCUUCAAGCACACAGAGCGCAACGUUGCCGACACGGGUCUCGCCACGCUGUUUGCCCUGCUACUGAACAUCCAGGAGAACCCCCAGAUUGCUGCUGGGUUCUACCGCUCGUUCUAUCUGCUGCUACUGCAGGACAUUCUGGCUGUGCUGACUGACCGCCUGCACAAGUUCGGCUUCAAGCUGCACGCUGCUAUCUUGCGUCACAUGUUCUCUAUCGUGGAGAACAACCACGUGACUGUGCCUCUGUGGGAAUCGGCACCCAACGCAGCAGCGAUGCCCCCUGGACAGACAAAUUCGGCCUUCCUCAAGGACUACGUGGCCAACCUGAUUGGCUCAUCGUUCCCGAACUUGUCGCGAGCUCAAGUGGUGGAGUUCGUGGUCGGCUGCUUCGACAUGUCGAGAGACCUGCCGACGUUCAAGAAGCAUCUGCGCGACUUCCUUGUCAACAUCAAGGAGUUCGCUGGUGAAGACAACGCCGAGCUCUUCCUGGAGGAAAACCUGGCGCGGACGCAGCUGCAGGAGAAGCAGGACAUGGCUGCCAAGCUGGCAGUGCCUGGUCUCGUGAACCCGAAUGAGCGUCCGGACGAGAUGGCUGAUCUGUAG